AUGCAGGUUGGAACUGCAACCUCCACAGCAAACCCCACAUCGGAAUAUCUUAAUAGCACCGGAACCUGGAUCACGUAUCUUCUUCUUAUUGCCGGUUUCCACCUCAUUCUUCUCUGCAUUCCAUUUCUUUCCGUAGCCUCGGUCUGGACACUUACUUGCACUCUACAUAAUGUCUUAACCUACCUACUUCUUCACUGGGAGAAGGGCAGUCCCUACGAGACGCUGGAUCAGGGCGAAGCAAGGAUUCUAACUCAAUGGGAACAGUUUGACGAUGGAGAACAGUACUCGCCGACAAAGAAGUUUCUUCUUGUCGUUCCUAUUGUCAUCUUUAUUCUGGCCAGUUUUUACACUCAAUACGAUCCAAUCCACUUCGUGAUCAAUGCGUCGACACUCAUUCUGCUGAGUAUUCUGCCGAAACUGCCGCAAUUCUAUCGCGUGCGCGUAUUCGGCAUUAAUCAGUGGUGA